UCUGCCUAGCAAAGCCUCCACCCCUCCAUCCAUCCUCAGUCUGCCUAGCAAAGCCUCCACCCCUCCAUCCAUCCUCAGUCUGCCUAGCAAAGCCUCCACCCCUCCAUCCAUCCUCAGUCUGCCUAGCAAAGCCUCCACCCCUCCAUCCAUCCUCAGUCUGCCUAGCAAAGCCUUCACCCCUCCAUCCAUCCUCAGUCUGCCUAGCAAAGCCUCCACUCUUCCAUCCAUCCUCAGUCUGCCUAGCAAAGCCUCCACCCCUCUAUCCAUCCUCAGUCUGCCUAGCAAAGCCUCCACCCCUCCAUCCAUCCUCAGUCUGCCUAGCAAAGCCUCCACUCCUCCAUCCAUCCUCACCUCCACCCCUCCAUCCAUCCUCAGUCUGCCUAGCAAAGCCUCCACCCCUCCAUCCAUCCUCAGUCUGCCUAGCAAAGCCUCCACCCCUCCAUCCAUCCUCA